AUGGCAUGGUUAUGCAAACACAUCAGUACAGGCAUGCUUGCAGUGUCUCACGGCAAUAGUGCUGGCUUGGAGAGAAAAGCACAGGCCAAGCAAUUGCAUCCAUGCGUGCGCGCGGAUGCUUGUAAUACUUUAACUCUAAGACCUUUUCAUACGCUGCCACACGAGAAAGAGCAGAAAAAAGCCUACACCUCCAGCAGAAACUCAGCACACAGAAGCAGUAGAGCUGGAAAGCCCAUGCCACACGAACGCCCACGCUGUAUCGGCUUUCCAAAGACGAAAAGCACACAAAUAAGUUAUGCGAGGGCCUGCAUGCUUGCUGUCUGGCGCAGGCUUUCGCAUCUCCGCCAAAUGCUGCUGUAUAUGCACUUUUCUGCUAAACUCGCCUGGCCCUGCCGAAUAUGCUGCCGUGCUGCUAUGCUAUGCGCAAAUACGCUCGAAAAUGCAAAAACCAGAAAUGAGAAAAGAAGAGCUGCAGGGCAUUCUAGGCGAGAGCGCGCACAAAAAUAA